GCAUUAUACAUUGGAAACAGAAACUCUCUCUAUAUAUAAAAAGAUAGUACGACGUUAUAUUCAGUGUUUGUAAUUCUAAUAAUUAACAAUUACUGUAUAGUAAGUAAACAAUCAUUCAUCAUUUAACCUAAUGCACUUAGCGUCCUACCUGCAGAAUAUGGAUUUCGUAGAAGCAUCCACUCGUACUAGAGUACAAAACUGCAUAAGCGAAGUAAUUGCAGCGCUUAGUCGUAACAUGCUAGAAUGCGAACAAUCUAUUAGGAUUGAAGGUUUUCUUGCAGUGACUGUAGAUGAAAAAAAAGUAGCAUUAGUUAAUGUUAACGAAAGUGCUAUAGGUCCACCGAAAGAUCGAGUUGAGUACAUAAGCGUCAGGAAUAAUGAUACCUGUGAUACACCAGUUGUAAAAAUGGUUAUACCUGAGGUUGUCCUAAGUUCAUCAGUUGAGAAGCCGAAGCGUAAAACAAAAAAAUGGAGAGAUGCUCGUUUCUUGAACAACAGUGGUAGCGAUCUUCAAUCUGAGGAAUUGAAUAAUGAAGAAGCCAAUGGCAAAGGCCAAUCGGGUAGACUAUUUACGAAAGAUCGAGAAAAGUUCUAUUGUAGACCUUGCAGAAAGACAUUUAGGAAUAGAGUUCAUUUGAAAAAUCACGAAAAAGUUUGUCGUCACUAUUCAACAUCUGAAGAUGAUACUUUUAACAGAUCUAUCAGACAAAGAGCUGAAUCAUCUGAGCUGUAUUAUUGUAAAAUAUGCAAUAAAACAUUUACAGAUCGGCAUAGUUAUACAAGAGAUUAUUACAUACACGCAAAUGCUAGAGUUUCAAAAUCGAUUGCCUGUUCAAUUUGCAAUUUAACAUUUGAGAAUAUGCGCGUGCUUGAUGAACAUUUACAAUAUGAGCAUAAGAACGACGACGAAUUGAAAGACGAAACUCAGUAUAUAUAUACUUGUGAAAAAUGUGAAGAAAUUUUCAAAAUGAAAGAAGACUAUGACAAUCAUUUGGCAUCGUGUGAGUCAUUAUGUAGCAGUUGCGGCGGAACGAGUGGUUGA